UCACAUUACUGUAAAGCUACGUCUUGGUGCUUAUCUUGGUGAGAGCUGAGUUCAAAUCAGCAUUAAGUUUUAACCUCUACUCUCAUGUCAUGGAAAUCUUCAUGGUGGCGCAGGUCUCAGCAAGAGAUUGAGUAGGAAAAUUGAUGUAGUUGAGAUGAUGCUGUUGCUUGAAGCUGGAAAAGGGUAACGGAUUGCCUCAAUAACUCGACUCGAUGAUACCAGGUAUAAAUGCGAGACCAUGUCCGAAUGUGAGCUACUGAUGUGGGCUUCCAGAACCAGGAACCUAGACCCCCAACGACUUCUCUUUGGGGGAACCGGUGGACUUCGGGCUCUGUUUUGACAGCAAGACACCCCUGUCAGAGUCAUCGUUUUGGCCAAGCAAGAGUUUUCUAGUUUCUUCUUUCUCUCCCCGUAAUGAAGUCGCUCUGGAUUCAUCUUGUCCUGCUAGUGUAUUCCAUCAGGAAUGCUGCAUCUCAACUGGACGACCUGCCAAAGCCCAGACUCACCCUGGAGCCUCCAUUCCCAGAGAGAUUCACCGGGGAUCCAGUCACUCUGAACUGUGGGUGGGGUCCUCCUGGUCCUUCUGGUCCUCCUGGUGCCAUUGGUACCCAGGGUUACCCAGGUCUUCCUGGUCUUUCUGGUCCUCCUGGUCCUCCUGAUCCCGCUGCUCCUCCUGGUCCCCCUGGUCCUCCUGGUCCUCCUGGUCCCCCUGGUUUUCCUGGUCCCCCUGGUCCCCCUGGUCCUCCUGGUCCUCCUGGUUUUCUUGAUUCUGCUGGUCCCCGUGGUCCUCCUGGUGCUCGUGGUAAUUCAGGAUUUCAAGGUCCCCCUGGUCUCCCUGGUCUUCCUGGUCAUUUUGGUCCCCCUGGUCCCCCUGGUCCCCCUGGUCUCCCUGGUCCCCCUGGUCCCCCUGGUCUCCCUGGUCUCCCUGGUCCUCCUGGUCCCCCUGGCCCCCCUGGUCAUCCUCAUCCUGCUGAUAAUCCUAGUCUUCCUGGUGCUUCUGGUCCCCCUGGUUUCCGUGGUCUGCCUGGUCUCCCUGGUGUCCCUGGUUUCCCUGGUCUUCCUGGUCUCCAAGGUCGCCCUGGUCCUCCUGGUCUCCCUGGUCCCCCUGGUCUUCCUGGUUAUCCUGGUCUUCCUGGUCCUCCUGGGCCUCCUGGGCCCCCUGGUCCUCCUGACAUGAACUUUCUCUGGUACAAAGACAGGGAGGACUCUCCAGUGCUGCAGACUGCUGGCCGCAAUGUAACUGAUGACAGCUACACAAUCUCUGCAGCAGCUGGGUCUGAUCAGGGCCAGUACUGGUGUCGGGUACAAAGAGGAGAUCCAGCACGCCACUCACAGCUCAGCGAUCCUGUGAGACUAAACAUCACUGAGCUGUUCUCCAGGGUGACUCUGACGGCAUCUCCAGGAGCCACAGUGGAGGAGGGAGAGGCUCUUAACCUGACCUGUGAGGCAGCAGUGAACAAACUCCCCCGCCCUCAACUCCACUACAGCAUCCUGAGAGACGGAGAGCCUGUGACUAACAGCACUGACUCUGCACUGUACAGCACAGCCAGCACUGAGAAGAGCCACACUGGGAGCUACACGUGUGCUGUGGAGUCACAGGGAGUGAGGAAGAGCAGUACAGACUUACUGAUCACAGUGGAAUCGUCCUGGCAGAGAGAUCUUUCUGCUGCCUAUAGAGUCAGCUUCACUCUCCUUAUGUUCACUUGGUUGACCCUGCUGUUCCUCCAGUAUUUCAGGAUGCAAGGUUCCCUGUGUUUUGCUGGUGCUGAGGCAAGGAAAACCCUGGAUCAGGAUCAAAACCAGGAUCAGGAGCCAGCAAGGGCAAUUGAGCUCACCAGCCGUGUGCUUUAGCCUGGAUUCAACCAGAAUAGCGUUGCACUGUCCUGAUGAAGACUGGUCUGAUUUGAAGAGCUUUAUUCUUUAGUGUUUCCUGUUAAAAUUUUCCAUAUUAAAUAGCUAGCUGAGGUUGCCUGCUUUAUAACAGUGGCCUCUAUUCGUCAAUUCCUCAAAAACUCCCUCUUCUAAAUGGAUUUAGAAUGACUGGAGCACUGUUUCUGAAUCAUCAGUGUUUCAGUUUCCUGUUAACUGUGUGAUGUCAUUCCGCACAGUGUGAUGUCAUUUCAUACCAGAAUGCGACUGUUUUUCACCUUCAAUGAAUUGAAUGCCUCUUCUACCACACGUUCACCUCGUCUGAAACAGUCCCUCAGCUCAAAUCCAAUGAUUCUUUAAAAAGCAGCACUGUGAUGAAUAGGAGCUGAUAGACUGUCUUUGGAGGGGUUGCAGUUCUGUUACUGUUAUUGAGGUUUUGGUCAGGAGGAUGGUGAAGAUUGUUUUGUGGUUUGGGUCGGUGGGCUGACCAGAGUUUUGUACUGGAACGCUCUUAUUGAAAGUGCUUGUGAUUCUUACCAGACACAUGACAUGUGCGCAGGCUGGGCUUGUAUUUACUAAAACUGGUAUUUUGAGUAUUUUCGUGUGUGACAAUAUUAUGUAGUUUCUGUUAAGCAUAGAAUAUUGUGAUAAGAUUUGCUUCAUAUUAAUGCAGCAUGAAAAUGUUCUGCAGACCUAUUCAUGUAAUUCACUGAUGUCUUAAUGGGGGUGUCUGUGUUGGACACUAGAGGGCAGUGCUGAGUCAAAGCCGUCCCACUAAUUCAUGAAUACCCUGAGGAAAUAUCCAUGAUCCUCUCAGAAUUCCACCCACCUGCCUACAGCUCAGUCAGAUGACAAUUUGAGUGCAAAUUUGCUUUAAUUGCAAAAAAUGUCAUUUUAAAUUCUUUAAAAAAAAAAAAAAAAAAAAAAAUUGUAUAACUUUUUUGCAAUCAUUUAGAGGAAAAAUAAAGUGGGUGAUGUUUGAAAAUAAAAUCAAUUUAAUUUA